AUGGGUGUAUUGAGCCUCCCUGCUGGGGUAGUCCGAUGGCUUAUAUCCCUGGGCGUAGUGAAGGAGAGAGUAGAUCUUGGACAGGCCGAACAGGGGACGGAGCAGUCGGUGCAGUUGAGUCAGAGGACCAAGCAACAGCUUAUGGGAGGGAGUAUGAUAGCUGAAGCUAUUGCUGCGGUUCUGGACCGAGCUGGCGUUACUCCUAGCCCCUCGUUGAGAUCAGCAAUCUCGUCAUCUGGGAAUGCGAAGAACCCGUCAGUGAGGUGGAAGGUGGUGGCAGAGGCUUUGUCGGAGCACUUGGAUGUCACCCUGGACGAGACCAUCUGCCAAGACCUGGCAGCUGAGAAGGACGAGUCGUUGGCAGUAGAGCUGCUCUUGGAGGUUUACACUGUUCUACGGGCUUAUCAACAGCAGCAUUCCAAAAGGACGGAUAGGGGGAAGAGCAUUGAGAGAAAAAGGGAGGGGUAG